AUGGAUAUAAGAAAGAGAGUGAAGGUGUACCAGCUGGACUCUGACGCACGAUGGGAGGACAAGGGCACGGGAUAUGUGUCAUGCGCAUUCAACGAGACGAUAGAGGCACAUUGUCUGAUUGUCAAAUCUGAGGAGGGCGGUAACCUGAUAUUGGAGUCACGCGUACAUACCAUCGACGUCUAUCAACGCCAACAGGACACAUUGAUCGUGUGGACCGAGCCCAACACCAGUCUGGACCUGGCCAUCAGCUUCCAAGACGCCGGUGGCUGUCAGGACGUCUGGGACUUUAUCUCAACCAAUCAAGGCGGCGAUACCUGCGGCUCUGGCGAUUGCGAGCUGCCCGAACCCUACAGCGCCAACCUAGAGGCGAUCAGAGACUUGCUCGAUCCCUCUCUUGCAUCGCCUCUUCGUGAGAGGAUUGUAAAUAUCAUCAUCAGAGAAGACUACAUCAGAUCAUUGCUGAGCUUGUUCGAAGAGUUGGAGGAGGAGCAUGAUCUACCAAACCUACAUAACCUAUUUAUCAUAUUUAAGAAUCUAAUAUUGUUCAACGACACCUCGAUAUUAGAGUUCCUACUAUCAGAAGAGAACCUGCUCAAGGUCAUGGGCGUCCUAGAGUAUGAUCCGGAUAUUGCAGAACAGAAUAGGAUCAAGCAUAGAGUAUUCCUGAAUCAGAGCGUUGUGUUCAAGGAGGUGGUAGAGUUCUCAUCGGACUUGGUCAUUAGUACCAUCCACCAGACAUUUAGAAUCCAGUAUCUCAAGGAUGUCGUAUUGCCUCGCGUACUAGACGACAUCACCUUUGCCACGCUCACCUCAAUCGUUUACUUUAACAACACAGAGAUUGUCAAUCAGAUCCAGCAGGACACGGCAUUCCUCCAGAAACUAUUCGCGCAGAUACAGAGCAGUACACCUGGGUCCUCCGAUAGGAGGGACCUGAUGACGUUCCUCCAGGAGCUGUGCACGCUGGCCAAGAACUUGCAGCCACAGAACAAGAUUGCCUUCUUCCUCACACUGGUUGAUAUGGACCUCUUCAACACGCUAUCCAUCACACUCGACGAUUCAAAUCCACAGACUAGACAAUCGACACUGCUGAGAAGCUAUAUAUUAUCAAACACUGUAUUCCUGACGCAACUGCUGUCAGGCUUCAUCAAGGACAAGGACAUUGGCGUAAAGAAUCAGGUGGUGGAGAUCAUCAAGGUUCUACUCGAUGCAGACUCAAGCGCUAGCGAGGUGAGCGAGUUCUUUAGACUGUUUUAUGAUAAGGGUAUAUAUGAGUUGGUUGCGCCACUGGCGGAUAUAACCAUCAAUCACAACAAGGACGCGACUACGACUACUACAACGACAACUACAACAUUGGCGACGAUAACAACAAACCCAACAAAUGGCGAACCAUUGGUACCAGGCGACCCAAGCAGUAACCUCGAGUCAUUCGUAUUGUACAACGUGAUCGAAUUGAUGAUCUACUGCAUUAAGCAUCACUCGUUCAGGAUCAAGAGCUUCAUCGUGCAGGAGAACAUUGCGCAAAAGAUAUUGAACCUGGCGCAGUGCACCGAGCGCUAUCUGGUGCUGUGCGCCAUUCGCUUCUUCCGCUGCCUGGUCAGCAUGAAGGACGACCUGUACAACAGCCACAUCAUCAACGAGCACCUGUUCGACCCAAUCAUCGGCAUCUUCAAGGACAACAUCCAGCGCUACAACCUGCUGAACUCGGCCAUCUUUGAGCUGCUGCAGUUCAUCUACAAGGAGAACAUCAAGGCGCUGAUCAUCUACCUGGUGGAGCGCUACCGCGACCUCUUUGAAUCGAUCACCUACACGGACGUCCUACGGCACCUGAUCCUCAAGUACGACCAGAUCAAGCACGCCUACGACAGUCCGGCACUGUGCGCGCUGAAUCAGCAGCGCAACGAGCGCGAGAUGGACGAGGACGAGGAGGCAUACUUCAACAGAGAGGACGUAUCUGACGACUCGGACCAGGGCGAGCAAUACAUGGACGAGAGAUAUGUUGAGCAUGGCAAUGUUGGCGAUGACCUUACCAACAUGAUCCACGAGAAUGAUGAUGCCAACAAUGGUUCUGCCUCAGACAUGCAAUCCAGCAGCAACAGUGACGAUGAUGACGAAGACGAAGACGACGACGAAGAUGAGAACAACAAGUCUACCUCUGAGGAUGUUAAUGAUGAGGAUCAGAUGCAGCAGCAACAGCAACACCAAGAUCAGGAGCAGGAGUAUGAAGAGCAGCAACUACAACAGGAGCAGGAGCAGGAGCAGGAGCAGGAACAGGUAGAGGCACAUGCGCAGACUGUGUCGAUGGAUGAGAUGGAAGAGGGACAACAGGAAAAGAAGAGGAUACAGAAAAGGAAGUUGGAGGAGGAAGACGAGUCUGAGGAAUCAGACGAACAUCCACUGGCAGACGAAAAUAAGGUCAAUGGUGGAGAACAAGCCAUUGAACACAUUGCCGAGCAAGACGCUAUCCAUAGUCAUACUCCGCCUCAGCCUAUGACUACAACCACGAUUGACAACGCUACGACCACCACCAAUACCAUUACCGACACGAUUAACAUCAACAAUGACGACAUUGACAACACAACAUGCAUCACAACCAACAACAUCAGCACCAUCCUCCUACCAACAUCACCAAAGUCACCAAUCGCAUCACCAUCAUCAACACCAAAGUCACCACUAUCACCAACAUCGCCUAUAUCACCUAUCAAUGGAAACAACAACAGCUCAAUGGCAGUCGACAAGGUUGCCACGAUGAAGAGAGUAAAGAUUACAUUGGAUGACAAUGACACCAGUUCCAAGCUCACUACAACAACGACAACUGCUGCUGCUGCCACAACAACAACGACGACUUGA